AUGGAUGAGUUUGGGCUCUGGGAUGUACCGUUUUCGUCAUUCUGCAAGCUGGUUGGUAGUCAACAACCAGACCAGUUGGUACUCGUAUUAAAGGCCGAAUUCCCCGAUGUGUUCACCAAUCGCAUGGGACUCUGCACUAAAACACAAGUGCAUUUCAACCUCAAGUCAGACGCUCAGCCGGUGUUCAAACCCAAACGGCCAGUUUCGGACAACAUGGAGGCCGUAGUUGUGGACGAGCUGAAGCGGCUUGAAUAUUUAGGCAUCAUUACACCAGUGACCUACGCAGACUGGGCAGCUCCCAUCGUAGUGGUCCGCAAGCCAGAUUGGUCAGUGCGUAUUUGUGCGGAUAUUUCUACUGGGUUAAAUAGCGCACUUGAAGCGAACAGCUAUCCACUUCCACCCCCGGAAGAAAUAUUCAAACGAAUGGCGAAUUGUACAAUGUUUAGUCACAUCGAUUUGUCAGAUGCUUAUCUGCAAGUGGAGAUCGAUGAGGAAAGCAGGAAGUUCGUUACCAUUAACACCCACAAGGGGCUGUACCGUUUCAACAGACUUUCUCCCGGUAUAAAGUGUGCACCCGGUGCUUUUCAGCAGAUUAUGGAUGCCAUGCUCAGUGGAAUUCCUUGUACAUCUCCGUACCUCGACGAUAUCCUUGUCGGUGGCCGCACCGCCGAGGAGCACAAGCGGAACCUGUACCGUGUCUUGCAACGUCUACAAGAUUAUGGAUUCACGGUAAAAUUCGACAAGUGCAAAUUCUUCAUGCAUCAAGUAAAGUACUUGGGCCAGCUGUUGGACACCGAAGGCAUUCGUCCGGACCCGGAUAAGGUGAAGGCAAUCGUAAAUAUGCCUCCCCCUCACGACGUUCCCACACUUCGAUCCUACUUGGGUGCGAUAAAUUAUUAUGGGAAGUAUAUCCGAGAAAUGCGUACCCUACGUCAACCGCUGGAUGAGUUGCUCAAAGAGGAGAAAGCAAUCUAUCACGCAUCCCGAAGUCUGACGCCAGCUGAGUCCCGCUACAGCCAGAUCGAGAAGGAAGCUCUUGGUCUGGUAUACGCCGUUACAAAAUUUCACCGAAUGAUCUAUGGGAGACAGUUUGUUCUACAGACCGACCACAAACCGCUCCCAGCGAUUUUUGGGUCAAAGCGUGGUAUUCCUCCGUACACAGCCAACCGCCUUCAAAGGUGGGCCUUCACUAUGCUUCUGUACGACUUCCGCAUCGACUAUGUGUCCACGGAUCACUUCGGGCAUGCAGACAUCCUUUCUCGUCUAAUCAACUCACACGUCAAGCCAGACGAGGACUACAUAAUCGCGUCGCUAGAAGUCGAAAGUGUCAACUGCAACAUAGUCUGCCACUCUAUCGAUUAUCUUCCCAUCUCUUACAAAACGAUAACGGACGAUACCUGUGAGGAUCAGACUCUGCAGAAGGUCAUGGAGUUUGUGCAAAUGGGUUGGCCAUCUGAAGCUAAGUCUCUCUCCGGAACACCGGAGGUCCAGCAGUUCUUCGCUCGUCGAGAUUCGCUGUACGUCGCUCACAAAGUCCUGAUGUACAGUGAUCGGAUCGUAGUCCCGAAGAAAUUGCAGCAGAGGGUACUCCAGCAACUGCACAGAGGGCACCCAGGCGUCGAUCGAAUGCGUUCACUGGCCCGGAAUUUUGUUUAUUGGCCAAACAUCGAUGAUCAAAUCACCGCGCUAGUUCGUGCUUGUCUGGAGUGUGCCUCGGUCGCGAGAAACCGUGGCAGAGAGUUCACGCAGAUUUUGCUGGUCCCAUCAACGACACAUACUUUCUACUAG